AUGGGCUUCAUGUUUGUAAGGUUUUUAAGUCAUGAGAAGGUCCUCAGUACACUCCCCCAGGAGGAUCUGGGGCCCCGGGAGGGCUUCUCUGCCCCCUGCAGCCUGCUGGCGCUGCCCUUCCCCAGAGGCAUCAUGGGGCUGGAGGCCUCUGGGGGUGUGUGCGGAGCUCUGGAGGGGGGCCCACAUGGCCCAGAAGGGUAUAAAAGGCCCAGUGGCGGACAUCCAGGUACCAAAAGACAGGACUCUGCAGGCCAGGAGCCCUUGAAUCUCCAGCCAGAAGCCAUGCUGCUGUGGCUGACUCUCGCCCUCCUGUGGAGCCCCACCUGCUGGGCACAGCAGAAGUAUGGGCCUGGAGGAGGUACCUAUUUCAGUACCUCUAGAGACUUCCAAAACGAUAUCACCGGGAUUCGAGUGUUCAUAGGUCCUCAGGGCCUAAUCAAGAGUAUCCAGGUGAGGUUUGGCUCCUCCUGGAGUGAGAAAUACGGAGCCCCAGGUGGGACACCUCAGGAAGUCAUUCUGCUGCCCGAAGAACACAUUACAGGAAUCUACGGCUCCUAUAAGAAUUUCCUCCGCCACUUGGUCAUAUACACGGACCAAGGGAGGUGGUUCCCAUUUGGGAAGGAAGAUGGCAACACCUUUACUGCUUUCCCUGAUGACAGUGACAAGGUGCUCACCAGAGUCUGCGGCCACUACAGGCUUCUGGGCAUUACCAGCAUUGGCUUUGAAUGGGGUUAUCCUUCAUUCUUAAACAAAUAGCACCUCAACCAAAGAGAAAUGACCAUUCCUGAAUUUCCAGGUCUGAGCUGUGGGUUACCCUGCCAAGGCCAUCUGGUUGGUGGUGGGCACAAGGCGGCAGGGACCUGACUGCAGCCCUGAAUCAGAAUCCACCAAUAAAUCCAGCUUCUGCAGCUA